AUGUCGUCAUCCAGCAACUUCUCCCUUGCGUCCAUGUCUUUCUUCGAAGACAACAAAGCACCUGACAACAUUGCUCGAAUUAUUCGCGAGAGUGGCAUUGGGGUCACGCGCUUGGACAACCAGGCUAUACAGGAUGAUCCUGGGAGGAUGACUCGUGCCCAGAAUUUCGCUCACAGGCAAAGGCAAGCGGCUACACACGAAGAAGAAGAAGAAGGUGCGGCAGAGUCCGUCAAGAUUUACAACUACCCAGAAGGACUAUGUGGGGUAGCUUGGCUCGAAGAAUACAACAAGGUAUACAGGAAGUACGCUCGUCGGACGGAGAGUCGAUUUGACGCGGUCUGGAAGCCGAAGCGGGCCUGGAAGCCGAAGCGGGCAAACCGAAAGAAGAAAGUGGCCGAGCCAAUGGCGAGUAACGAGCGCGAGACUCAUGCUAUGCUGAUACAUCUAUAG